AUGUAUGGACUUAUCAUUGGUCUUGGGGCGACACUGGCACUGGCAUCGUGUGAUGUCGAGCCUGUGGCUCUGCCGAUCCAGGAUGUUCAAGUUGAUCCGAACGUGCCAGACUCCUACAUGAGAGGCAUGCCAGCCAAACUUGGAACACCUUCGCAGAAUAUUGUCAUGCUACCCUGGGCCGAACUGAACAACACUUGGAUCUACAACACGAACCCGAACUGUGACUCUUCCAUAAUAUGGAACGAUGAAAUUUGCGAAGUUAGAAGGGGAAACCUGUUUCGAGAAGACGAUUCGACAACGUUUAUCAAAGCUACCGACAUCGUAUCAGCCGGUGGUGCACCGGAGGAAAUCACUACCGCCGGUACCGAGAUUGGGGUCAAGAAACUCAUUUCUACGAGUAUUGGCGGGAAUGAUGAUCUCGACAUUGGUUCCACGAGUCUAAACAACACACCGCUCGGCAUCCCAACAUUAAGAUGGGACAACGGGUACACCAUGCUCCACGCUCUCGGCCUCGGUGCCAAUUCGACGUAUCUUACGUCCCUGGCACAAGCGAGUCAACUUGGAUCCCGAGUGUGGUCAAUAUUUUGGGGUCGCAUGUGGUCCAACAACAACAUCGACGGUUCGCUUGUGUUGGGUGGCUACGACUCGGAGAAAGUGACGGGGAAGAAUUUCACCCAACGUCUAGAUUACAGUGAAUCAACAGGCUGCUGGACGGGAAUGAAGGUUACGGUCACGGAUGUCCAAGUCAAUUUUCGGGAUGGAAGCGACAAGAGCAUCAUGCCACUGAACACAGCACUGCAAUGCUGCAUCGUGCCCCACAGACAUCUCCUCUGGGAGGCCCCCGGAACAUUCGUUGAUGCGUUUGAGAACGUCACCAAUUCGAAGGAUACCGGUGUUUCUUUCGGCCUUCACUGGUCGGCUCGGACGUUCGCUGCAGGGGAUGCAUUUGAUGGAGACCUGACUUUUUAUCUCAGCUCCGGACUUCAAGUCAGAGUGCCAAACAACCAGUACAUCGUCCCGUAUGUCGAUAUUGAACGAAAUGGUUCCCGCUCUAUCAGCAAGUCAACAAAGGAGCUUCUCAUUAGCGGUCUGUCUGAUCAGCCUGCUACAUUGGGUCGCUACUUCCUCACUGCCGCCUACCUCAUGGUAGAUCAUGACUCCGAGACAUUCACAAUGUGGCAAGCAAAUCCUACAACACGAAGCUCCCUCGUCAAAGUCACUAGUGAUAAGUCAAACUGCGGGAAGCCCCAGACAUCGCGGGUAGCCGUUUUCCCUACAAGCACUGCAACUUCAGGGUCCGAUGCCAGCGGUGGGUCGUCAUCAUCCGGAGAUCAAAGUGGUCUUAGCACGGGCGCCAUUGCUGGAAUAGCUGUGGGAGGAGUUGCAGGUCUUGCUGCGGUAGGGUUAGGUAUCUUCUGCUUCCUCCGAGCGAAGAAGCGCAAGGCAGUUCCAUCCAUGCCUCCCCCUUACAAUCCAGAAUACACUACUGCAAUGGCCCAGGAGGCUUGGCCUAAGUACGGUCAUACGCAGGGCACGUCUUACGAGGUACAAGGGUCGCAGGGUUACCAAGCGAGCGAACUUCGGGGCCAAGAUCACUUCGUUUAUGAGAUGGAUGAGGGCAAUAGUCAGCGACGUUAG